AUGGGUCUGGCAGACACCAUAAAAAACGACAAUAAGGCAUCAAAUCAAGACAAGGCCAAGACCAUGAUAUUUCUUCGUCAUCAUCUUGAUAAAGGUUUGAAAAUUGAAUACCUCAUGAUUAAAGAUCCCCUUAUAUUGUGGAACAAUUUAAAAGAAAGAUAUGAUCACCUGAAGAUGGUCAUUCUUCCACAAGCUCGUUAUGAAUGGACCCAUUUGAGGUUACAAGAUUUUAAAAAUAUAACUGUUUAUAAUUCUGUGAUGUUUAGAAUUAAAUCGCAGUUUAAUAUAUGUGGGAAAGAUAUCACAAACCACGACAUGUUAGAGAAAACAUUCUCUACUUUUCCUGCCUCGAGUAUGCUCCUGCAGCAGCAGUACCGAGAAAUGAGUUUUAAAAAAUAUUUUGAAUUAAUUUCUCAUCUUCUUGUUGCUGAACAACAUAAUGAUCUUUUAAUGAGAAAUCAUGAAAGUCGACAUGUUGGUACUGCUCCAUUCCCAGAAGUGAAUGCUGUAAAUUUUCGCCCAACUAGGCAUGAAAGAAGUCCUGACCCCAAUCGUGAUCGUGGUCGAGGUCGAGGUCAUAGUCGUGGUCGUGGAAGAUAUUUUAAUCAGGGUGAUCAUCUUGCAAUAAACAAUAACCUUCAGCACCAACAGAACAAAAAGAAGGGGAAGCUCCUGAAGCAGUGA